CUAGGAGGGGAUAACACCAUAUAGCGUCGCGACGCACGGCGUCCGAUUUAGUUUCUACUCGGCAUCAUCUAAGUUUCAAAGUCAGACUAGCCGGAAAAACUAUCGUCGCCGAGGAAACGCCACUGCAACGAUAUGCCGAGUCGUAACAAGGAGCAAGAGGCCGAGAUUCUCGGCUGGAUUGAGACCGUGUUAGGCGAGAAACUCCCUCCUGGAAACUACGAGGACAUCUUGAGGGAUGGUGUGAUUCUUUGCCAAUUAAUUAACAAACUCGCGCCCGGAUCGGUGAAAAAGAUUCAGUCUAAAGGCACCAAUUUCCAGCUUAUGGAAAAUAUUCAAAGAUUCCAAGCGGCAAUCAAAAACUAUGGUGUCCCGCAAGAGGAAAUUUUCCAAACCGCGGAUCUCUUCGAGAGACGUAACAUCCCCCAGGUCACCCUCUGCCUGUACGCGUUGGGCAGAAUCACUCAGAAACAUGAAGAAUGGACUGGACCUACAUUAGGACCGAAGAUGUCAGAUGAAAACAAGAGAACCUUCACGGAUGACCAACUUCGUGCCAGUGAAGGUCACUUGGGUCUUCAAAUGGGUUACAAUAAGGGUGCCAGUCAAGCUGGCCAUGGUGGUUUCGGCAAUACGCGGCAUAUGUAAAUCUUUCUUAGAAGCAAAUUAACGUACCUCUCAUUAAUACAUAUAUCUACAAUGACUGUUUAAGCUACCAAACAUGCAACACGGUAAAAUAAAAAUAUCGGAGUCGCAUUUUUCAAUCAUCAAAAUACGAGGAUAUAGAUCUUCUCAAAGUAUCUCCCGAAUUCGCAUAAAUUUCGCAUAAAUUCGCAUAAAUUUCAUAAAUUUCAAAAAUAAUGUCCGAUUAUUUCUUACUGUCACGAUUAUUAUCGGUGUAAACGAGUUCAAGUAUAAUUUGCACUAGCUUUUCCGUGUUACAAGUAAUAUAAAUAUCUGUUUUACAUCGUCACGAAUAUACAUUGUCUCUCUCUC